AUGUCCCCAAUGAAUAUCGCGACUGACGAGUUCGGAAACCCCUUCAUCAUCCUCCGCGAGCAGGAGGAGAAGAAGCGUCUCAAGGGAAUCGAAGCUCACAAAUCGAACAUCUUGGCCGCGUGCGCCGUCGCCGACACACUCAGGUCCUCUCUGGGCCCCAAGGGUAUGGACAAAAUCAUUGUCGGCCCAGACGGUCAAGUGACAGUCACCAACGACGGAGCUACGAUCCUCAACAAAAUGCAGGUUGAGCACCAGUGCGCCCGUCUCCUCGUCGAGUUGUCACAGUCGCAAGACGCAGAAAUCGGGGACGGAACGACUGGCGUCGUCAUCCUCGCCGGCAACCUCCUCACGCAGGCCUACCGGCUGAUCGAGAAAGGGCUGCAUCCCCUGCGAAUUGCAGAUGGCUUUGAGAAAGCCAGUCAACUCGCCGUCGAGAGGCUGCGCCAAAUCGUCAUGGAGAAGGAUGUCUACGGCGCCGACAAAGAGCUCCUUGUGCAUGCAGCGAUGACUGCCCUGGGCAGCAAAGUCGUGAGCAGUCACCAGCGCCACUUGGCGGAGAUUUGCGUCCAAGCUGUCCUGACCGUCGCGGACCGCGAGCGAAACGACGUCAACUUUGAUCUGAUUAAGGUGGACGGCAAAGCUGGAGGCCUUCUGGAGCAGACCAUGCUGGUGAACGGCGUCGUUCUUCACAAGGACUUGAGUCACUCGCAAAUGCCCUCGGUGACAAAAAACGCGAAAAUCGCGAUUUUGACGUGCCCGUUCGAGCCGCCGAAGCCGAAAACCAAGCACAAGCUGGACAUCAAAACUGUCGAGGACUACAAAAAGUUGCAGGCUGCGGAGCAGAAAUACUUCACCGACAUGAUCCAGAAAGUCAAAGACGCUGGCGCCAAUUUCGUGAUUUGCCAAUGGGGCUUCGACGACGAAGCGAACCACUUGCUGCUCCACGAGAACAUCCCCGCCGUCCGCUGGGUCGGAGGCGUCGAGUUGGAACUCAUUGCUCUCGCCACGCAAGGCCGCAUUGUCCCUCGAUGGGAAGAGCUGACAGAGGCGAAACUCGGCCACGCUGGCGUCGUCCGGGAGAUUGCCAGCGGCACCAUGGGAGACAAAAUGAUCGUCAUUGAAGAGUGCAAGAACAGCAAAGCCGUGACAGUCGUGGUGUACGGCGGGAACCAGAUGGUGGUGGCCGAGGCCGAGCGGUCGAUGCACGAUGCCCUCUGCGUGGUCCGGAACUUGAUUCGAGACCCGCGCGUCGUCGGAGGCGGCGGCUCGGCCGAACUGGCCGCGGCCAUUGCAGUGGAAAACGCAGCCGACAAAAUCCCAGGCGUCGAGCAGUACGCCGUUCGCGCCUUCGCCGACGCCCUCACCGGCGUCGUCGAGGCCCUCGCAGAGAACUGCGGCCUCUCCGCCAUCGAGGAAGUCCAGCGCGUCAAAGUCAGACAGAGGACCGAGAACUACCCGUACUUUGGUCUCGACUGCAUGCAAAAGGGAACGGAUGACAUGCUGGGACAGAACGUCCUGGAAACCUUCUCGUCAAAGUCCAAUCAAAUCAUGCUCGCGACUCAAGUCGUGAAAAUGAUUUUGAAGAUCGACGACGUCAUCGCCCCGAACGACUAUCAGUAG